CGGCCGGCGAAGGGAUAAAAGCAAGCAAGCAGGAACGGUAGUACGUUAUCCGGAGCUUUGCAGCUUUUAAGGUCGGGAAAAUCGGCCGGAGAAUCUGAGACGAUUCUUUCUCCGACAUCCUAAUCCACAACUACCAAAUAAGGAUUUAUCAUUUUAUUGUUGAUAAAAUAAGACAGAAAAAAGAAAAAGAAAAGCCAUGUCUUUCGCUACCUCCUCAUGCGGUUUCUUCUCUCUUAUCCUUCCCGAGCUCUCAUCCCCACCCUCUAUUCUCUCUUCCGUUAUCAAGAAACCCCAGUGCCCAAUUUUUCCUAAUUAUGCGUUUUCGUUUAAUUAUACUAGCAAUUUUUGCUCUAUGUCGACUGGGAGAAAUACCCGAAUCCGUAGAGCGUCGUCUUCUUCCUCCUCUUGCAGUUUUGACGGAGAAAGGGGAGACCUUUUUUCCGGUGGGAAUGGAGAAAGUGAUGACGAAGACAAUGAAGAAGUAAGGGUUGAAGAAGAUGAUGAGGAUAGUACUAGUCCCAUGACCGUUCUGCCUCAGAGAUGGGAUGUCUUGGGCCUUGGCCAAGCUAUGGUUGAUUUUUCUGGCACGGUCGAUGAGGAUUUUCUUGAGAGGCUUGGAUUGGAGAAGGGCACAAGGAAGGUCGUGAAUCAUGAGGAGAGGGGUAAAGUCCUACGCGCAAUGGAUGGAUGCAGCUACAAGGCUGCAGCUGGUGGAUCGCUUUCCAAUAGCCUGGUGGCAUUGGCCAGGCUUGGCGGGCAGGCUAUUGGAGGCCCUCCCUUGAACAUAGCUAUGGCAGGCAGUGUUGGAAGUGAUCCACUCGGUGGGUUCUACAGGUCCAAGCUUCAACGAGCAAAUGUGAAAUUCUUGUCUGAAUCACUCAAGGAUGGAACAACAGGAACAGUAAUAGUUCUCACAACUCCAGACGCUCAGCGCACUAUGCUUGCAUAUCAGGGUAUGUCUUCAACCAUUAACUAUGAUCCAUUCUUAGCCGGCGCAAUUUCAAAGACAAAUAUAUUAGUUGUGGAGGGAUAUCUAUUUGAACUUCCAGAUACAGUAAAAACAAUCACAAAAGCAUGCCAGGAUGCCCACAGGUCUGGUGCAUUGGUUGCUAUCACCGCAUCAGAUGUUUCCUGUAUUGAGAGACAUUAUGAUGAUUUCUGGGAAAUCAUGGCAAACUAUGUGGACAUUGUCUUUGCGAACAGCGAUGAAGCCAGGGCUUUCUGCCAUUUUUCGUCAAAGGAAAGCCCUGUUUGUGCCACAAGGUACCUAAGCCAUUUUGUGCCACUAGUCUCGGUCACAGAUGGUCGAUCGGGCUCGUACAUUGGUAUAAAAGGCGAAGCUCUUUACAUUCCUCCUUCCCCAUGUGUGCCCGUGGAUAGUUGUGGCGCGGGGGAUGCUUAUGCCUCUGGUAUUUUGUAUGGCAUAUUGCGGGGCAUGUCUGACUUGAAAGGCAUCGGUUCACUGGCAGCUAAGGUUGCGUCCAUAGUCGUAGGGCAGCAAGGAACUCGGCUUAGGGUACAUGACGCGGUGUCAUUGGCAAAAGCGUUUGCAAUUCAACAGGAGAACUCCUCAGUCUGGUCAGAUAUAGGAUCUGAUCAAAUCUCUAACUUGUAGUAACUGAAAGGCCGGUUCCUAUAUUGAAUUUUAGUUGUUUUAGUAGUUGAUUAUUGUCAGUCCUCAAUACCUGUACAUUCAGAUUCAUUGUAAUUAUGAACAGAUCUAAAUAAGAAGCCAACUAAGUAUUCAGAUUCA